GACUUAACCCUUACGAGGAGAGCUGCUUCGUACGUGCAAACCACCCACCCUUAUUCAAAGCCUUGUUUUAGCAGUAGAUACGAAGGUAUAUGAAAGGUGUUACGGCCGUCCAUACAGUAUUUUGGCACUGCAAAAAUCUACAAUUCGUACGGCGAUACAACACGGAACAAGACAGGCGCAUGCGCCCUCGACAUUAAAACCUUCCGAGCUAUUCGACCUUAACCUCCAAACAAUAAGCACCAUGGAUGUCGUUCAAGCUGUAUCGGGGUACAUCUCGAAGAUGGUGUCUGCAGGGGACGGAACUUCUGGGACACCAUCUGCGAAGAUGAAGGUCUUAUUACUGGAUAGUGAUACCGUGUCCAUUGUCUCUACAGCGAUCACACAAUCUGCGCUUUUGAACCAUGAAGUAUACCUCAUAGAUCGAUUGGACAACCAAAAUAGGGAGAAGAUGCGCCAUCUGAAAUGCUUGUGUUUCGUUCGACCGUCGGCAGAGUCUAUACAAUUCUUAAUUGACGAAUUUCGAGAUCCCAAAUAUGGUGAAUACAAUGUGUACUUCAGCAAUGUUGUGAAGAAGUCGUCCCUGGAGCGAUUGGCAGAAGCAGAUGAUCAUGAAGUGGUUAAGCUAGUUCAAGAGCACUUUGCAGAUUAUAUUGUAGUGAAUCCAGAUCUAUUUACAUUUGAUCUCGGAUUCCCGAAGCAACGAAUAUGGAGUUCAAAUCCAGACAUGUGGAAUCCAGAUGCAUUACAACGUACAACCGAGGGGCUCAUCGCGGUGCUGCUAUCGUUAAAGAAGAAGCCACUUAUUCGAUACGAAAAAAACAGUCUGCUGGCAAAGAAGUUGGCUACGGAAGUACGAUACCACAUUGCUCAAGAAGAUCAAUUAUUUGACUUUAGGAAAGUGGAUACUCCUCCAAUUUUGUUAAUUUUAGAUCGACGGGACGACCCUAUAACUCCACUCUUGACACAAUGGACAUAUCAAGCUAUGGUUCACGAACUUCUUGGUAUAAAAAAUGGGCGGGUUGACCUUAGCGAGGUACCAGAAAUUCGUCCUGAGUUGAAAGAAGUAGUUUUGUCGCAAGACCAGGAUCCGUUCUUCAAGAAGAAUAUGUAUCUCAACUUUGGUGAUCUUGGCGGCAAUAUCAAAGACUAUGUCGAGCAAUAUCAAUCAAGAACUAAAAACAGCUCAAAUAUCGAAUCAAUAGCUGAUAUGAAGCGCUUCAUCGAAGAAUACCCCGAGUUCCGCAAGCUUUCUGGCAACGUUAGUAAACACGUCACUCUUGUUGGUGAGUUGAGUAGAAUGGUUGGUUCAGAUAGUUUAUUGGAAGUUAGUGAAGUCGAGCAGAGCUUAGCGUGUAACGAUGCUCAUGCUAGUGAUCUCAAAAAUGUACAGAGAUUAAUUCAGUCUCCAACUGUUACUCCUGACAACAAGCUGAGAUUGGUUGCCCUGUAUUCGCUUAGAUACGAGAAACACCCGUCAAAUGCAUUGCCGAUUCUUGUCGAUCUCCUUAGCGCAGCCGGAAACGUUCCUCAGAGACGCAUCGACCUCGUAGCUAAGCUCCUCAUCUAUCAUUCUUCUUUGCAAUUGAACCAAUCGACGGGAGGUAUUACCGAUAUGUUCGAAUCAUCAAACAUAUUCUCUGGGGCUCGGGACCGAUUUAAGGGGUUGAAGGGUGUAGAAAAUGUCUACACGCAGCAUUCACCACGACUCGAGCUGACACUUCAAGAUCUAAUCAAGGGGAAGUUACGUGAUCAGCAAUAUCCUUUCGUUGAAGGUGGGGGAACAACUCGAGAUAAGCCUCAGGAUAUUGUUAUUUUCAUCAUUGGUGGAGCCACUUUUGAAGAGGCAAAAUGUAUAUCUCAAAUAAAUGCUUCUUCGCCAGGUAUUAGAGUGGUCUUGGGAGGUACUUCAAUUCACAACAGCACGACGUUCUUAGAGGAAAUGGAAGAUGCUGUAUCUUUAUGGCCUGAACCUGCUCCAUCAACUGCUGCUGGGAGGUUACGAAGAGAGACAGGAAGACGUUGAACGAGGAGGACGCUCAAAAUUCUUUGUUAUGAGUUGGAUAUCGCUUUUAAUCGGGGGUACACGCGAUUAAUAAUCGCAUUUUGAUGCAAGAAAACAUUCUCCAGACCCCGACAAUAUCUUCUGACAGGAUGUAUCGUUGUAAAGAUAACUUCGUUGUCUUUGGGGACAUUGAUCAAAGGGACAUGCUCUUUGAACACACGGGGCCUUUUUAAGACAUUACAUAGUGUUGUUGGCACUAUUUUAUGAACUACACAAGCGCACCUCAAACUGCAUCUUCUACAGCUGUUGCCACUAUGCGCUUUUGUAUGCAAUUCUCGCAAACCCUGAAAGCAAUCUCUGGGAUUAGCCUGGGACCAGAUCGGAAUACAUCUCGUAGGUUUCACUUGGAGAUGGCAAUGCGGGAUUGUUCGAGCUCUUUGUCAAUCUGACAGCAUGGAACCUUGUCCAGAUAUAUCAAUUUACAAGUAGUGGAACCACGGGGUCUAAAAUUCAAGAAGACUGGGUCUGGUAGUCAUUGGAGGUGACAAGAGAAUGGAUGAUCCCCUGUCUGGCGGAUUGCUUUCAAUCAGAAAUAUCUUACCCGAAUUCUUGCUGUAUAUUGAUCAAGCCGCUCUGAUCUACAAACACCAGCGGAGCGAAGCCUAGUAUGAGCCGAGCUAGUCUUAUUACCAAUUCAUGUCACUGUGCCAAUAGGGUAUCGCUUGACUUUGGUUACAGAAUGUAUUGCCACCUCGUUGGCAACAGAUUAAGGCAGCACAAAUAAAUGAUAAUUUAUACAGUUCUACUAGAUGUCAUGUGUGCUUUAGAAACACUGUGGCAAAAUAAAGUUUAUCUUUUGAGGGUUCUCGCAUA